GCGAAGCCGCGGCUGGGGGCGAUGGGUGUUGUAGUCCGAUGGCGCCGCUGAAGAUCCGCUGCGUGGUCUCCUUCUCCUCGCAGGACCCGAAGUAUCCCGUGGAGAACCUACUGCUGGAAGAGAGGCUUCAGCCCUGGCUCUGCUGCCCCUCAGAUCACAGCCGGCAGCUGAGGGCCGAGUUGCAGCUGGAGCAGGCCGGUUGCAUUGGCUACAUCGAUGUAGGGAACUCGGGCUCCGCUUUCCUCCAGAUCGAGGUGGGCCGCUCCUCCUGGCCCCCAGGCCGCGAUUAUCUCACGCUGCUGCCCACCGCCACCUUGAUGAUGCCAGCGGAUGCCAAGCUGGACCGUAACCGCUCCGGGGUCCGGAUGUUUAAAGAAGGGGACCUGCUGCCUUCGGCUCUGGCGGAGAAGUGGGACCGGGUGCGGGUCACCUGCAGCCAGCCCUUCAACAGGCACGCCCAGUUUGGCCUCGCCUUCCUUCGCAUCCGCACCCCGCAGGAUACGGAGGGGAGCCCAGGGGAGCCAGCAGCCCCCUCCCCUUGUCAGGCUUCUCCGGGGUCUUCCCCCAAGCCAGGGGUCUCCAGUGGAGCUUUUGGCGGGAGUCUUUCCGCAGCAGGACCAACGUGCAGCCCCGAGGAGGAGACGGUGCUGAAGAACCAGCUGCAGAGGCUGGACUCCACCCUGCUCGGCAAAGGGCUCGGACCGGCUGGCCUGAGUCGCCCAGCCCAGCUGGUCCUCAAGGCGGCAGCCUCUGCCCGCAAGCGAGCCCCUGCCCUGCCCACUGGGUCUCCACCGCCAGCCGCAAGGGCCAGAGAGGCUGGCCAGGCCCCGAGGGCACCGGGGCCCGAAGUGGAGCCACAGGCGAGCAACAGCCGCUUGAAAACAAGGAGGAGACCUGGGUCGCAGCGCAGCGCCAGGAGGAGACCCAGGAACGGCUCACGAAGGGACGGGGGAGCCCGCAGCCAGCGAGGAAACCCACCAGCCUGGGAAAGUGACGAAGAGGAAGAAGAGGAGGAAGAAGAAGGGGAGAGCAGAGGAAGAGGAGGAGGAGGAGCCACGCUGGGCAUCUGCCCAAUCUGUGCAGGUCGCUUCCCUGCCGAGGUCCUGCCCAUCCACGCUUCUGCCUGCGGAGAAGCGGCCUCUCCGUCAGCCGGGCGGGGGUCUUGGGUGGAGUGCCCCAUCUGCCAGGACCCGUUUCCCGCCUCCGAGGUGGAGGCGCACGCCAGCCGCUGCGGGGAAGAAUACCCUUAACCCUCCGUCCCAGCUCGCUUGCAAAGAGGAGGGCGGCCGGAGUGCCCUUUGCGUCCUGGGGGGGUCCUCGGCAUCCCAGGCUUUCGGCUUCUCUGGUUCAGACAUGAGGGGCUGGGAGACCCUCCCUCAAGGCCUCGGGAGAGAAGACCCACCAGAGCACACGGCAAUUCCAGAUUCCCUCUGGGGGCAUCCGAGAUGCUGGAGCCGGACUCCGUGACCCACCCAUCCACAGCCAUUUGCCUGUGACGGACACACACACACACACACACACACACACAGCCCACCAAACAGAUUGCGGUGACUAAGUGGGGGGGGGGGGUCUGCACACCUGGGCAGCGUGGGAUUCACUGGAACUUUUCAAACUUCCAGAGUUUGUUUUUACCUGUCAGCCCGACAGAUUGCUUCCUUUUUUUUUAUUUUUCACAGCAGGGCGAAGAGAUUGUGACUUGACUCGAGAGCCUUUGGCCUUCUGUGGGAUGGGUGGAGAGGAAGAAUUGGGGAGGGGGCUGUAACCCACCUCGGAGGAUGGACUGGCACGGAGACCCCAGGGCCGGGGCCUCCCUGCAAGGGAGAGUUGGGGGCUGAAGGCUGCUGACCUCGCAGG